UUGAAGACGAAGGCGAAGUGCUUGUGUUUUAAAAUUAUUUUACUACGUUGUUUUAAUAGUUUUCAAUUUUUAUGCAAACAUUUUCGUAAAGAAAGCUUGCACUUAGUAUAAAAAAUGAGUACUAUUGGGUCAGUAGAAUCACGGGGAUCCAGUGGCUCAAGACGUUCUCUGAAUCGUCAAUAUCGAACUGUAAACAAAACGUCAACAGUGGAUGAAAGUCUGUUUGGAUCUCCAAAUAAGACACGUCAAAGGCAAAACACAGCUAAUAAUGAUUUUCCUCUGUUGGAUUCACCACAACGAUCCCCAUUCUCAAGUGCAAGAAGAAGAACAAAGGAACCUGAAGUUAUUGAAAUUGUGACAAAGGAUAUGAUAAGGAAACUCAAAGUUCCUGAGCAGGACCCAUCUGGAAAAUCAGUGAUCCUGGAAAAUUAUGAGUUUGGUCGAAUACAGAAUGCUGCACGUGUUCUUAGUAAGGAAGAGCAACUUGCUGUUGUUGAGGAGGCAAAGAGAAGAAAAGCUGAACUUAUGAAUGCAUGCGAGGAGAGGAAAAACUUCAUGCAAACUAUGGAGUUAAACCGUAAAGAAAAUGAAAAACUUUCAGAUCUCGAACAGGAGGCAAAAGAAAAAUCUCAGUAUCUUCUUGAAAAAGCAACCGAACAAAUGGAAGAACAAGAAGAUGAAAUUAAAAAGUUAAAUGAACUUAUUUUGAACGCUAAAUGUCAUGCGAUACGCGACGCGCAGUUGGUAGAGAAAGUGGAAGUGAAGAAAGAAAUGUUAGAUGAAGAAACGCGACUUGAUGAAAUGAUGGAAUUAGAACGUCGUAAAGCUUUACAAGAGUAUGAUGAAAGAGAAAAGGCGAGACAGAUUGAGAGAAUUAAAGGUGCUCAAGUCAUACAGCAACAGAUUUCUGACAAUGAACAGAAACGUCUUCUUAACGAACAGAAGAAAGAUCAAGAAACACAGGCGAUGCUUCAGUAUCUUGAAAAACUUCAACAGGAAGAUCUUGAUGAGUUGAUCAAAAAGAGGGAGACACAGAAACAACUGAUGGAGGAUGUAAACAAAGCAAAUGCGGAAAUCCAACAAAUGAAAAAAUUGAAAGAAGAACAAGAGAAACUUGCAGAUGUCAAAGUCUUGGAAUAUUUGAAAGAAAAACUGGCACGUGAAGAAGCCUACCAAGAGGAACUCGAGAGAGCGCGUAUUGAACGAGAAAAAGAAAUCGCCAGACUUAGAGCACAACAAGAACGAGCUAAAGAUAAACAAGCAGAAAGGGAUGCACUGAGAGCAAAGCGAAACCAAGAGGAGGCCGAGAGGAACUGGCGCCGAAAAGAGAAAGAAGAUGCCGCGAAAAAGGCGGAGACCGAACAAAUGUUGAAGGAGGCACGAGAAAGACAAGUGAAGGACAAAGAGCAUUUCUUAGCUGUGCAAGCUGCUCGUGAUAGAGCUGAAUUUGAACGUGUCUUGGUGGCCCAACAAGAACGUCAGCAACGUGAUGACGAAGUUGAAAAGCAAGAUGCAGUGCGCAGGCAUCAUUAUGCUCAGGAUAUCAGGGAACAAAUCUCUGAAAAGGAGAAAGAAAGAGUCCAUUUGAGAAAAACAUACUUUGAAGAAGGAGAGAAGUUGAAUAAAGAAGCAAAAGAACGGCGACAGAAACUGGAUGAGAUAAAACGAAGAAAGCUGAAAGAAUUACGAGAUGCUGGUGUUCCAGAUAAAUAUUGUAACGAAGUAGCUCGGCGCAUAACAGCUCCGCCACUUUACUGAAGAGAGUCACUUGUAGAACCUGUGGCGUGCAUUGAUUAAUUUACAACUCACUUGUAACUUGCAUUAUUCCUGGAAAUUGUUCAUGAUGUAUAUAUAUAAUAUAUUGGGAGACAUGAAAUCCUAGCAAUACGUUUCAGACAAGACAUUUCUUACAUUUGCCAGAGAUUUGAUACAGGGAGGGGAAAUAACUAUAAAACAAAAAACAAAACUCUGUAGCAAGAGGUUGCUAGGUCUCUGAGGGACAGGGUCCGACAAAGUUAACCAUUCACGCCAGUGAUUUACACCAACAAUGAGUCAAUGACAUUGUUUUUCUCUGCGCGGCAGUGUUGAGUACAAAAGUACGUGAAGAACAUACCAAGCAGAUGACUAUGGUACCUAAAGGUAGACUGUUACAAUAAAUUACGAUGUAGAAAAGCC